CAACAAUCAAGCAGUCAGAGAGUCUGAAGAUAAUUAUACAGAUCUUGUUUUGUCUUUUUCCUCAUCAGCUCUGUUCCUGGAGUUUAGUGACUCUCAUAAAUGUGACAUUGGACACGAAAGAAGAAACAACAGCUGUAUUGAUACAGAUGAGUGUGUGAUGAUUCCAGAUGUGUGUGGAGCACACGCUCAGUGUUUUAAUACACAUGGAAGUUACUACUGCACCUGCAAUGAAGGCUUUCAGUCAAAAACAGCCAACUUCACAGCAAUAACGGGAGAGUGCGAGGAUAUCAAUGAGUGUUUCAUGAACACACAUGGAUGCUCAGAUGAUAAGGUGUGUAUGAACACUUUAGGCUCCUACGAAUGCAGGUGUAGAAAUGGAUACCAGCUCACAAGAACGGACGCAGGAUGUGAAGAUAUCGACGAGUGUUCAGAUCCAGAUGUUUGUGGCGCAAACGCGGACUGCGACAAUCAUCCCGGCAGCUACAGCUGCAGAUGUCACCAGGGUUACAGUAACUAUGGCAACGACCAGUCAGAAUGCAGUGAGACGCGUUUCUGUCUGACUGAUGAAUAAACGUCUCAUUGGCCCAUGAUGUCAUCAGCUUUCUGGAGAACGGAUCAGCUGUUAUUUUGAUUAUUUCAUGUUUGAAUGACCACUUCCUCUUUUUUCUUCACCAAUAUAAUUCAGAAAGCGACCUUUUUGUGUGGUUCUUUUUUUGGUGCGUAGCUCUCUGUCAUUUCAUUUCGAAUGUGCUUUACUUACACGACAAAUCUGACGAAUCUCUGUUUCUAUAGGCUUGUUGUAAGACUUGAAAUGCUAAAACCAGUGGUGAAGAUGUAGGCUAGCAGAUGAUGAACG